AUGACUCAACUUCGACAGGCGGAACAAUUACCAGCGGCUAUAACCUUGGGUGAGGAGAGCUCGCCAAGCCCCGAGAAUUCUGGCUUGCUGUCCAUAGUCAAGACAGUGCUCAAGACAGUGUUAUGCCUCCUCAAACUCACCCCAUCGUCUCGUCCCAACCCGGAAGAGGUUCAAGAGCUGAACAAAUCGCGUGGGUUUGACAAGUUAAACUAUGAAAAAGUGGAUGACUAUCCCGAAGGCUACCCGCAGCUUGCUGCUUUUGCUAAUAGCUGUGACACCUUUGCAAGUGUUCGCCGAUUCGGUCGACUGUCGUAUCGACUUCUCGCACAUCUCCAGAAUGACUUGAUAGACAUGGAGAAAGUGCUCGACAAGCUUGACAAGAAAGACGCUGCAGAUAAUACGAUGGAGAAGAGACUCAGGGGAUAUGAAAACUAUAAUGGGUGGGAUGACGAGCAACGGAAACUGGACGCAGGCCUUCGUGCUCUUGGCAAAUGUCCACCAAGAAAUGCAAAAGCUCUGUUUACAUGGGUUUGGGACGAGAAGCCACUUGCUAUAGGAGCGGGGAAAAGUGACUUUAUCUUCUAUCCCGACGACCUUGUGUCCCUGGCUGGGCAAUCUCAACAUGACCGUCCCUUUGAGAACCUCGUAGAGUCUUUUCUCGACUCUUAUCCGCUUCCUUGGAUUAAGAGGUUCCUCCAGCAUGACACUGAGACGCGUCGAAAGACAGAUAACGAGUUCGUCCACCUUUAUUCUGCGGACAGGCUUAAGAUCGUCGCCAACAUUUUGGAGGUAUCCGUUAUCGUGAUCCUCCUUAUUCCUGUGUUCCUUCUCUUCUUGGUCCCAAUGAGCAAGCCUAUAAUAGCAACUAUAGCCUCGCUAUAUGUCACAUUGUUCUCGGUAGUAGUCUCGAGUCUUACUGGUGCUAAGGUGCAAGUGGUCUUCUUCGGUAGUAUCGCCUAUGCGGUGAUUAUUAUGUUCCUCGGUAAUCUGAAUUCCAACUCCUCGUCUACUGGCACGUCUUGA